AUGUCGCCAGCUGAGGACAAGAGCGAGACUGCCGGCGAGGUCGACUUUGGCGAUAACAUCGACAUGCUCACUUUCAGCCAAAUCCUGGAGAUGGACGAGCCGGAUGAUUCUGAAUUCAGUCAAUCCAUUGUGUUCGGGUUUUUCGAACAGGCAGAGGAGACCUUUGAACAAAUUAAGGAAGCACUGGAAGAGGAGGAUCUCGAGAAACUAUCUUCUCUUGGCCACUUCCUCAAGGGUUCAUCGGCGACACUAGGACUCGUCAAGAUCAGGGAUGGAUGCGAAGCGAUCCAGCGAUACGGCAAGAAUGAAAACUUGGACGGCUCUCCGCAAUUGGACAACGAGAAAUGUGUGAAGCUCAUUGGCGAAUAUUUCAGGGCUGUUGAAGAAGACUACAAAACGGUAGAAAAGCUCCUGAGGGAGUACUACGACUCAAAGGAAUAA